CCGGAAAGAACUCGACCUAAUAACCGAUAAGGGGUCACCUAGAGGACCAGUACACUAGAAGUACUUUGAAAAUAUCACUUCGUUCUUCUACUAGAAAUUUUCAGUAAGUUGUAGAAGUACUGCUUCGGUAUAAAAAAAGAUGGCAGACCCACCUCCAGAAGGUGAGUCACCAGGCGAUGGGGGUGAGGCCGAAGCCGGUCCCCCCGGUCUGUCGGAGAUCGAGUUGAUGGAAAGGAUGGGGCAAAUCCCUUUAGACGAAGACAUGCCUGGUCUCAAACCAUUUUUCAUGUUAUGAGUCGUGUUGUUGUUAGAUAUAGAUAGGUGAGACUAUAACUAACACCGAGCAAGCAUCACAUGACAUCUUGAUCUUUAGAAGAGCAUUAGACUUUUCCUCUUAUUUUGCUCCAGUUUGACUCUUUAUUGAACCCAAUGAGUGACGUUGAGGGUUUACAGAGUAAGACGCAAAAUUUUCUGCGUCAAGCAAGAACAGCCUUGUAAACUAUCUUCGCACGACUCUACUAUAAUGUAUGUUGGACACCUCUUCUUUUGAAGCAUCAAAAGAAAUACUUCGUCUUUUGAAGGAUGCAUCAAAAGGAUCCUCCGCUCUACCGCACUUGAGCUCUAAUCCCGAACACAGAAAACUACUUAAAAUACAAGGUGGUCCUGAGCCAGGCGAAAGAUCCGGAUAUCUUUUUCUCCGGCAAGAAUGCGAUGCCGUAUGUCUUCAUCAACAAACAAGAACAGUUGGACGACAUCAUGAAGGUCGGUUUCUACUCGGACUUUCAUGCACAUGAGAUUAUGGCGAAUUAAGUAUCUGAAUUUACUAAGUGGAGAUAUGUAGAGUGGAGAUAUGUAAGUACUUAUCUGAAUUACGUAUCUGAAUUUACUAAGUGGAGAGACUUAAUACUAGCAGUGGAGAUAGGCAUAGAGAAAAGUAAGUACUUAUCUGAAUUUAGACUUACUAGCAGUGGAGAUAGGUAUAGCUUGGACUUGAUUUUGGAAUAGAAUUUUCAUCCCUUUUCCUCCUUCUCUAACCAGAAGGACGUGAGGAAAUAUCCUUUGGAAUUUAUGCUGCUAGUACGUGACAGCAAGCGCUCAUUGGGGGACAACUUCGUCUGGUGUCAGACGCCAAAAGCGUACGAAGCUAUGUGUGCGACGAUUGAGGUACGUUUCGUAGAUCCUUUUGUUUUUUUUUGAUCAUGUCCCUCCUCGCUAUGAAAAUUUAGUUCUAGUUUUAGUUACACAAUUGCUUCUACGGUGCGGACAAGAGCGCCCCUUGACGUCAAUCAAAUUGAAAGAGGAUAACGCACCAGUUUGGAAUUUUUUACAACCACAUGGUUGCGUUUUUUUGCACGUAGAUAAUGACUGACUCCUCAGCUCAUGUCAUUGUGGCGGGAUUGUGUCUCUCUCAUACCCCACUCCUUAGGAACUGAAGCAGCAGAUUCAAGAGGAAUAUCUAGAGAGUCUAGCAGGAGGUGCCGGAGAUGCAGCGGGUGACGGUGGGGCUGGCGAAGAGGGAGGGCCAGGAUUCGUUUUCAAUUAUGUUGACAAGAAGUAACUCCGUAAGUCUAUGUCUAAUUUGAUUCGUUUUCAGAUGACUGCUAUAUUAAGUAGAAUUUGAUGGUACUUCAACUUCUAGACAAGAAAGAAGCUUGUUAGUACUAGAUUGCAAGACUGUCCUUCGAGGUACAGAAACAGAGUCGACAGCAUCAGAUGAGGAAUUCGACUCGAAAGAUCUUGAACCUCCUGAUGAACAUACCACACUAAUGGAAGGAAGACGAGACAGUAUUCGUGAAGGACGAGCCAGUGACGCCAAGAGCCUAUGAGUCGGAGACAAUGGAGACAACCUUGGAGGAAGUCAGUAAUAUGACGGUACUACAUCCAACUAUCGUAGUUUAUUUAGCUCCUCCUUCUACAGUAAGUUGUAUAAGAAUUGUGCAUGAUAAUGUCGAUUUUUUUAGUAGAAGCGCGUCUACGUCAAUAAUUCAAUCAGUCUCUUCAGCAGGAUCACCUCAUAAAGACAACAGGAACACUGCUGAGUCAAUCACAAUUCCAACAAGAUUACUUGAUCUCCAUAAAAUCCUCUAGUCAUCUUUAUAAGGUAGAGAACUCCCGACCGCUUUUCAAAGUGAUGAUUCAGAGGGCCAGGAGUUUCUUCGGUGAAGCCAAGAAAUAUAAUGACAGUGCAGAAAGCAGUGCACAACACAAUUAUGGCCUUCUACUUUCAUGUUAUAGUUGAGAAGUUAAGUAGUAGUUGUAGUCUAGCGGGGACAGCCUGGGAAAUUCAUUUACUAAGUAGCUAGCUAGUUCAUGGAGUUAUUAACGAGUUAAAGAGUACAGCAAACUGUGUAAGUCAGUGGAGCCAUUUAAAUCUACAUCAAUCUUCAUAGCAGUAGCACACAAUCCUAUCCUCUAACAUAAGCCACAAAAAGACCCGAAUUUUAACCUGUUGCGAAGAGAACUAGAUAAAGCGGUGCAAGCGGUUCCUGUGGUGGAGGACAAUUUCUGCCAAACGAUAGGAGGCAUGCCGAAAAACGCUAACUGUCAAUAUUCAGAGGAAGAUUUUAGCGUGAAGGGUUCGGUACUAUUAGGGUUACUAUUCCGGUAUUUGAUAAGUACUACUUUGCCGGGAUUGUUCUUAGGGAAGUGUACGUAUUUUUUAGUCGCAAUCACUCGUCAGGAUUGAAACAUGAGUAAAUGGAUGAUGAAAAUCGAUCCCGUAUUACUUCGAGCAAGAUCUUAGCCUCAUGGUCAUGAUUAUAGUUAUCCAACGAACAGCACGACCGCACAUGACAUCUUCUGCCAACGCUCAGGCUUUCGUCGAGGAAACGGGAGCAGUUGGGUCGUUUUUGCAGCGUGUAUUUCAGCAAGUGGACGAAGCGUUGCAACAGAGUGAGACUUUUGAUAUAUUCAAGGCUGAAUUUGACAGUCUUGGAGACGAGGACAUGGGAUUCGGGUCCAAGGCGACCAGCAACAUCAAUUAAGGGUAGGUUAAAGGUGUUCAACCUGUUAAAACGUUCGUUUUGCCUCUUCUAAGGGUUUAGGGUUAGGCAUAACGAACGGGGAAAAUACCGAACAUCAAAAGCCUACGACCGCUAAAUCAAGGAACUUCGAAAUUUCCACGACGUCGCAUUCACAAAAGACAAGAGGAUACAAGCAACGCAGUGGGUGCCUGGGUAGGAUGUGGCUCGAUUAACAUGCUGAUGUAGUUGUUGUUCGUUAGACUACUUCAACCAAUAAUAUGUCUGCUUCGGAGUAUCGAAGGAUGUGGCUCCUGGUGUUCAUUUUGUCUGUAAAAUACGUGACCGUUUGUACUAAAGAGAGGAGCCAAGAAAGCUUUUUUUUCUUGUGUCAUUGCUUCAUCUGCUAGCCAACUUUACUCAUGUUCUACUAGAAGCCUAACCCUUUUUCAAACUACGUAUCCCUUCAGAUCCAGCGAGCUGCUUGCUGUAUCAUGCGUUGACGCAACCGGUGAUAGGACACUAGCCGCCGUUAAAGCAGCGACGUCCUAUGUCCUCCUGUGGUCUUUCGCUGACGCCUUAGCACCACAUGCGAGUUUGUUAUGGGAAGAUUGACUCUGUUUCUGAUAGAUAGCGUUGGUUUUAGUUGACUCUAGUUAGUAAGUUGUCCUACCUUGCUACAACAUGUUGAAUCUUGUUUUCACCAGUAGCCACCCUCAAGCUUGUAUUGUUCCACUCAUUCAGCCAGCUCUCACCUGCUAAUUACAAACGGCAUCUAAUUCACCUUGCGCCUUACGACGUCUCGACAUUGCGGUUUUAUCCUCAGGACCGACAUUAUCUAGUAGGUGGCCUUGCGAACGGUCAGCUGAUCAUAUGGAGGUUCUCGCCGCUUGAUCUUGGGUACAACUCCAUUUUACACACGAUAUAGUUUCCUCUUCCUGUGAUAUGUAGAUGAAGUUUGCUAGUACAAAAAAGAGAUAUCUUGCUCUUGUAAUCGCAGCUACGCACAGGAGAAUGGGUCUUGAUUGAAGCCUUUUGACGGAUAAUCGACUACGAUUGAAUAGUCUUCUGUGAUAUGUAGAUUGCUGCAGCUCUAGAGACUGUGCUCAGAUUCGUUGGGAUUCGAAAAGAUUCUUCGAGUCUUGAUUCCCUUUCUUCUCCCAACAUCAGCGCGACGAAGAACGUGUCCUCAAAAUCGGAUGACGAUAGUGCAGGACAAACCGUACCACAGAUUACGCAUAAAAUGGUGAGCAUAAUCGAUGAAUCACAUAAAAAAGCAGUCAAUAGUUUCUGCUGGCUUCCAUCGCGGAUUACGAUAGAGGGAAAGAAAGGUACUUUUUAAAUGGUGAUGUUUGUUUGGUGUUCUUCUACCUGGAGCCAUGUAGAGGAACAUCAACAUCCCGAAUUUGUUAGUCUUUUCGCAUCUUACUCCCUGACUCUGACGAUGAACCCCAGUCUUCUUGUUGGCAGAACAGAGAGACUCCAAAACUACUAACCAUCUUUCAGCAAAAACUGGCGACAAAGGACCAGAAAAUGGGGAAGUUCGAUAUCUUUGCUCCAUAGCUGGGGACGGGCAAUUUCUCAUAUGGGACUUCGCAGCUGCGAAGGAAGCACUAGAAACGGGAGAGAGUGACUUCUUGUGGAAACCGAGUACUAGAGAUUUUUAGAUGAGGAGGACUAAGUCCUCACUUAGCAAGAAGUCCGACUUCUUGCUAAGAGUACUUACUAAGAGUACUUACUUACUAAUGAUGAGUGCUUACUAUAGAUUCUCAAAGAGUAGGAGGUGACAGUUUUUGUCGCACUUUUGGGAUCGCAAUAUAGAGAGUGGCAUGCAGCUAUAGAUGAAUGUUACUACUAAAGAUUAUGAGUAGCAUGCUAUAGAAUAGAUGAAUCUUACUAGAAGUAUACUUCUGCCUACCAUCGGUACACGUCUGUUGUGGUGUGUGUUUUGUUAUUUUUGAAAAGUACACAUUUAUUCCUUACUAAGUAUGAUUAUGAGUAGCAUGCUAUAGAUGAAUCGUCACUAUAGAUACAUACUUGUGCCUUCAAUCUCUGCCCUCUCCAGUCCAUCGAGUCCAGCUGUCCAGACAAGAUAGCGGAACAGAGAUGGGUUGCUGCGAGGUGCUGUACUGCGAGCGACCGGUCGGCGACCCCAACUUGGGAAAUUUCUAUGCCAGCACAGAGGAAGGCGAGUUAGUGUACGGGGACUGGACGGCGAGAGGGGAUGAAGGCGUAAAACCCGAAUUCGUCAAGAAACUUGUUUUUACGGCUUCUGAGAUGAUGUGCUACUGCGAUACCAGUAAUUCAUAGUGUGAGAUCAUGAAGACAAACAAUAACAAACCUACUUACGUUGAAAUAUCCAACAAAUUGUCCACACCCACGUGCGCUUCUUCUAAGACCACAGUGGGCAAGACUUUCCGGCCAAUGCUGAGCCUUGAGCGGUCGCCGAUUUUUCCGGAAAUGCUAUUGGGCGUGAACGAUUGGGGAUUCUACAUCUGGAAGGAAACCCUUACAAUUUUCGCAUCGCCAGCACCUUCUAGAUAUGGCGCGAUCGUUUGUAAAAUGCAGUUGUAGAAGAAAAGCGAGCUAGUAGCUCCGCGGAUCCUCUGAACAAGUUGUCUUUGACUUACAAAUGAAUAGUUGUAGUGAACUAGAAUUAGUAUCUUCCUCCUUCUGUAUAGUGCUACAGGAGAUGAAAUAACGACCACGGAGUACCAAAAUUCCCUGUGUAUUGUCUCACCACCACUGUCUUACAAUGUAGAUGACAAGAUGUCAAUCCGUCUUACCAACCUUUCUCAAACCUCACCAGCAUUCACUAAUGUCUUUACUUCACGUGCGGUUGCUGGUCACCUACGCGACCGUGCGUCAUCUACUUGGGCAGGAUGGAUGGCGGCGUCGAAGUGUGGGACUUCUCCGACCAGAGCCACAAGCCUUCUCUACACUUCUUAUGGCUAGCAUGUGUGUCUUUUUCGUACUAUCAUGCUGAAUUAGUGGAUACUUACCCUCAGUAUCACAAAUUCAUGAUUAUCUAUCAAAUGAGUGUCGUGUUCAUGAGGUAAAAAUCAUGGUUAUCAGCCCAGUCACCACUAUAUCUUCCAAUCAUUGCUUUGUUCUUAUGUUCUCAUGGUUAUCAGCCCAGUCACCACUAUAUCUUCCAAUCAUUGCUUUGUUCUUAUGUUCUCACCGUCAAGGUCGCUUUUUCUAUCUAUGCACUUACCCUCUCGGUCUCUCUGUUUCUCUCUAUCCACUUACCCUCCCGCCCUCUUUUCUAAUCGGCACACCAUCUUCGAGCGCGAUUAGCAGUAUGUGCUUUCACCCGGAGGAUUCGGUUAAGAAUAUGCUAGCUAUUGGCGAUGCAGACGGCCACUUGCAUGUGAUGCAACUGCCCAAGAACCUCAUACGACCUGGUGCCAAGGAGAAAGAGCUGAUGCGAAGCUUCCUCGACCGAGAAGAAACAGCGACGACUUACUUUUAUGAGGAGAGACACAGCCUUGCUUUGAUAAAACUGGGAGACUUUUACUUACAGAACACUUUUACUUAUACAGAACAAAGCUCCUUAGACUUUUACUUAGAGAACAAAGGAGGUGACGAAGAUGAUGUCCUCAGACUUUUACUUAUACAGAACAAAGCUCCUUAGACUUUUACUUACACAGAACAAAGGAGAUGACGAAGAUGAUGUUGAUGCGCACGUAGCCUUAGUGCCGAAUCUACUGAGAAUGCUGUUGAUCUUAAGUAGCCAAGAACAAGUUUAGUAGUACAACUCUAACUCUCUGUUAGCCAAGAACAGUGAUGUGUAGUUAGGAUGAGCAAUGGUAGUACUUACUUCUACCACAACAACUAGCGUCACGAAUUGAUACUAACUGGGUAAAAAUAACGAGCUUGAGCAAUGGUACGUACCACAACCACAACAAGCCACAACAAGCGAUACUAUUCAACUUCUAAUCCCCCACAGGUCGAAAAAGCAGUCUCGCAGAGCUGGCAGAGGAGCUCCAAAAGCAGGAAGAUCAGAGGCUUCAGGCAGAGAGCGCAGCAGAGGGCGGCGUUGUUUCUGAGGCAGAGAUAGAGUUAUGUGUCAUGGUGUUGGAGAAGAAUCUACAACUAAAGACAUUGUAGUAGAAUCCACAUUGUAGUAGAAUCACCGUCAAUUUCUUGUUGAGGAGAUGUGUAGCAUUUUUUGUGCUCACGGCCAAGGAUCCCAAAUUUCCUGCCAUACUUGCCUCAUGAGAGGACACUCUUUCGAUGUAUUUUUACGCGGUACACUAGUACACGCCAGCAUUUUUGUCUAACUUCAGCAACAAAAGUUCAGGACAGACAAGCGCGAUAUAAGAGCUUCGAGGUGCAAAUGAAGCUGCAGAUGGAGGAGGAAGCUGCCGAAGCCGCCAAAAAUGCGUCACCAAAAGGGAAGAAGUAACUCUUUGGAGAUGACCUUUGAAGAUGUACCUCAGAUACUCUCUAUCUAAGAAUCCCAUGCUAACUAAGCAUAUAGUUACUCGUCAUGUUGGUACGGCGCCGAACAUCAUUACACUAAGAUCGAUGUGUAGACCUAUUUUGUACUGUUUUUUUGUGUCCUUAUGCAUUCAUGCUCAGUUGUUAUUUUUCUGGAUGAUGCCCAGGUUUUUUUUUCGAAACUGAAGAAAGCAACAGAAAAUAAAUGAGGAAUGGAUACUAGCCUUGUGUGUUUAAUGUGAUUUUAUCGUGUAUGUGUCGUGGUACGUAGAUACGCUUUCAAUUUUAUUCCAACCAACCUACCCUAGGUUACCUACCUUUUGAGGAUUAUGAUUAUCACAGUGAUUCCAGCAUGAACACAGUGUCGGCGAUGCGUCUGUGAAGCAUUGAAUUGAAUGCUUCUCCGAAGCGUCGAAUGCAUUUCGCGUACUGCUAGGCAGUAGAUCAGAGGCAACGGCUGAG